AUGGACUUACUUUACCUGAACACGCUACAGAAUCUAACGUUGCUGCCGGGCAGCUUUGUCGGCCAGUGCAUUGAUCAGCUCAACGCUUUGUACGACAUGGAACUUAAUGUGUACGUCGAGUUUGGAAACAAGUCGCUUUUUGAUAAUCUGAUGCCAACUAGAGAACCUGCCAUACCAACACUUCGGAUUAGCAAUGCGACGCUGCAGCUUGUGCUUAAUGGCAACUUUAGUGAACGUGCUCUGACCAUCAUAUUUCUAGAGGACGCGCAUGCUUUUAGCAUGGUUAACUAUCUCACCACCUGGCUGUGGCGUGCUCAGCAACUGCAGGUGCUCAUCAUUUAUCCGGCGGCCACGCCGGGUAAGUUGUUUCAGCUCUUUGCGCAUUGCUGGCGUCAGGGAAUGGUGCACAUUCUGGUGGUCUUGCCGCGCACUCAGGAGCUGUAUAGCUAUAUGCCGUAUCCGAAACUACGACUGCUGGAGAUGGAAACCACGCUACAGUAUUUUCAUCGCACGCGUGGCUUGCUUUGGGAUUUUCAUGGGUUUAAGAUAACUUGUGGCAUUCUUCCGAGCGGCGCACCGAGGGCCUUUCUUUUUAGAGACCAUCGAAAACGUGUUAUAUAUGCUGGUUAUAUGCUGCGUAUGGUACUGGACUUUAUUGGCCACUACAAGGGCAGCAUACGAACUCGCACGCUGGAUACCUUGAAGGAAGCUAAUGAAGCGCUUAGCACUCGUAUCGUCGACUUUUUACCGUAUCUGCUGGCAGAGACACCGAAUUUCACGGGCAGUGUUGUCCUCUGGCAUGAGAACAGUUUUCUAAUGGCACCAUCAGCUAAGCUGUUGCCCAGGUAUAUGUAUCUGCUGAAGCCUUACAGCUGGGUCACCUGGCUGGCAUGUGUGGCCAUGUUGAGCUACUGUAGUGCUGCAUCAUUUCUGCUCUCUCAGGGAGGCAGCACGUUGAGUGGCGCCUUUCUGGAAAUUUUGCGCUUAUCGCUCUUUCUGCCACCUGGCAGAGAUCUGAUUGCUCCACCUGCGCCACGUCGCCUGCUGCUUUACAUUAUAAUGACAGUAGCUGGGUUAAUGCUAACCAAUCUUUACCUGGCGCAGCUAUCCAGCAAUUUGGCGGCGGGCCUCUAUGAAAGGCAGCUGAACACCUUCGACGACUUGAAGGACACGGAUUACGAGUUGCCGCAAGAGGAAGUCGAAUUGAACUUUUUACACAAGCUGCCCGAUCUGCAUCCGCAGCUUGUCAAACGUCUGGUAGUCACACCGGAGCAGCUGGUGGAUAAAUAUCGACUCGAACUGAACACCAGCAUGCUGCACAACGGUUUUGAAGAUAGCAUUGAGUUUGCACUGUACCAGCAAAAGUUUUUACGCGUUCCAUUAUUCCACAAGCUACCGAAGAUCAUCUACCAGCAGCCCUUCUUCAUGCCCGCGGCCUAUGGGCGCCCCUACCUAAAGAUCUUCAAUUGGUAUGUGCGGCGCAUGUUCGAGGGCGGAAUCUUGCUCAAGAUGAAAAGCGAUGGGUUUGCCCAUGGGAUUCAGAGCGGACGUUUGCGCUUUGUAAACCGUGCCAGAUACCAGGAAGUGAAUUCCAAUGAUCUGGAGUACUACUAUGCGGCAGCUGGAGUUUGGCUAUGUGGCAUAUUGUUAUCCACUGCAUGCUUUAUCUAUGAGCGUUGGCUGGGCUCCAAUUCCUGA